CUCAGACUUUUUCAAUUGGGACCCAGGCGCGUUGGCGUUCAGAAUUUUACCUCGCGCAGCAAUGGAGGACAACACCGAGAACGCGACCGUUUCAGUACAGAAUGUGAAAGUUUUUCUCAGUACCCAAACGCAGUACAAAAUCCCUCUUCAACCUUACAUGAUACCGGCCACUUUCCGGCGAUACCACCUCUCGCAGCUCAUUAACCAAGUUUUAGCUUUGCCAAAUGUCGUUCCAUUCGAUUUUCUGAUCGAAGGGGACAUGGUUAUAGGCACUGUGGGAGACGCUUGUAAUGAGAAAGGUUUGAAUGCGGAAGAAACCAUUAAGAUUGAAUAUAUACCCUCCGUCCUUCCCCCGGAGAACAUUUCUACCAUUCCUACUAAGGAAUGGGUAUCUUCUGUAUCGUCACAAGCUCCAGGCCUGUUUCUUGCCGGGUUCUAUGAUAACAUGAUUCGAAUCUACAACGAAUCUCAAGAGGUCCUGCACACUGUGGGUGGUCACUCCGGCCCAAUAAGUGAUGCUUCUUGGGUCCCAUCAUCUUCCUCCCCACCGUCGCUAUUUCUGAGCAGCUCAUACGAUACAACUGCAAGAAUUAUCUCAUAUGAUGCCAUUGAGAAUGAUACUCCAAAAUCCCUUGCAUCCAUGCACCUUCACACUCAGCCAAUUUCAUCUGCACGAGCAGAUUCUAACGGCGAAUUCGCGCUCACGGCCAGUUGGGACCAACUUAUUGGAUUAUGGACCCUUAAGAUUCCGGAAGCGCAUGAGGUUCACGCUCCAGAACAGGUGAUUCAGACGACAUCUAGAAAGCGACGGAAGUUAGGCAAGGGAAAUGGAUUUGAUUCGUCUGAUGCUGAUUCGAAUGUGAUGAGGAAGGCGCCAGAAAUGGUGCUCAAAUCUCAUACUGGACGUGUGUCCAAGGCUCUGUUCGAUCCGCUCGGGCGGAAAGAGGCGUGGAGUGCUGGAUGGGAUUGUACCGUACGGAAGUGGGAUGUAGAGACUGGGAUAUGUCUCCAAACUGUGACAUCGUCGGAGAGAGUAAUGAUGGACUUGGGGAUUAGUGCAGACGCUCAGAAGAUUCUUGCAGCUUCGGCAGAUCGGAACAUUUUGAUGUAUUCUACAUCAGAUUUUGGCUCCAAGGAUACACGCCCAAUUGCGAUGCCUCAAACAUCUUCACCUAUUGCUCUCACAACACACACUAGUUCCCCGCAUCACCUGAUUGUGGCUGCCCAGGAUGGUCUAAUCCGGUUAUGGGAUGUGCGGAGUACGAAAUCUCCUGUAGCCAGUUUUUCCGGCUUCCCACAAAAAGGAGAAGGAGAAAGCCCUAAUGAAAAGCCGCCGGCAAAGCCAUCGAAGAAAGUGAUAUGUUUGGAUUGGGGGGGAAAGUCGGGGGAUCUAGUUCUUUCAGGAGGCGAGGAAGGUGUUUGUGUUUCGCGCGCAUCAAUCUAAGCUAUCAACAUAGUUCCCAGAAUACAGUAGCUUCAUGGUUCUUCUCACUCGUUAGAGUCCUCG